UUUCUUUGAAUUUCUCUACUGCUGAAAUUGAUUUUAUGUUAUGGCAUUACCAUCUGGGACAUCCCAAUUUUCAAUAUAUGAAGUAUCUUUUUCCGCAUUUAUUUCAUAAUAUUAAUCUAUCAUCCUUACAUUGCGAUGUGUGUAUCUAGGCUAAACAAAGUCGUGUUUCUUUUCACUCUCAACCUUACAAACCGUCCAAACCUUUCAGUCUUAUCCAUAGUGAUGUCUGGGGUCCCUUACCAACCACUAUCUCAAACCACCUUUAUUGACGAUCACGCCAGAUUGACCUGGGUCUUUCUUUUAACCGAUAAGUCUGAGGUGUCCUCUAUUUUCCAACAAUUCUAUGCGACCGUAGAAACCUAGUUCAACACAAAAAUUGCCAUUUUACGAAUUGACAACGGACGUGAGUUCGUUAAUAACUCGUUUAGGGACUUCCUAGCCUCUAAAGGAAUUAUCCAUCAAAGCUCGUGUGCCUAUACUCCCCAAUAACACGAUGUAGCCGUGAGGAAAAAUAGGCAUCUAGUAGAGGUCGCUCGUUCCCUUAUGAUAUCUACCUUUCUUCCUUCCUAUCUGUGGGGUGAUGCUAUCCUCAUUGCAACCCAUUUUAUCAACCGCAUGCCUUCUCGUGUCUUAGCCUUUCAUACUCCCCUUGACUGUUUCAAAGAGUCGUAUCCCAACACCCGGUUAAUCCCUGACGUACCUCUAUGGGUGUUUGGAUGUGUUGUCUUCGUCCAUAUCCACGGUUCCAACCGUACAAAAUUUACUCUUCGUGCCCAGAAAUGUGUCUUUGUUGGGUACCCUCUCCAUCAACGUAGGUACAAGUGUUAUUACCCCCGUCUCGAAAAUACUUUGUGUCUAUGGAUGUCACCUUUCUCGAGGAUCAGCCUUUCUUUUCCUUUAGUCGUCUUCAGGGGGAGAGUCCUAGUGAAGAGGUUAACUGGUCCACGUAUUCCAUUCCCCUAGAGGUGUCGGCUGAACCUGAACAUCCUAGUCCUAUUCUUCUCACUAAUCAAGUCCUUUGGAUAACAUACUACAGGAAGAAUCUCAGGAAGGAAACAGUGCCGCCUGUCACUUCUCUGGCUCCAGUUCAUGAGUCUAACUCGGUCUCAGUCCCAGGUAUGAAUAUCCCUGUUUGUGAUACUGAUGAUUGUGUUGAGACUAAUAAUUGCAGAGUGGACAGAGAUAUAGAGAUUGGUGACAGUGAUGAGAAAAUAGAAGGAAUUGAGGAGGAUGAAGAAACUGAUGGAAAAGACAACACUGGGGAAAUAACUCCAGCAAACGAGAACAGUGGAAGGGAAGGUGAUUGUGUGGGAAGUCCUUCUAAAGAAAGAUCCAUAGAUCAGACGGCUAGCUGCAGUAAGAAACUUGGAGAAGAGGAAAGUCAUGAUGCGUCUCUCGAUCUUCCCAUUGCCUUGAGAAAAGGGACUAGGUCAUGUACAAAGUUCCCUAUGCAUAGUUAUAUGACAUAUAGUAACUUAUCUCCUGAGUUCAAGGCUCUCACUACCAGUCUAGAUACGGUAAUGGUUCUAAGUAAUAUACAUGUUGCCAUGGAAACUCCUGAGUGGAAGGCUGCAGUUAUGGAAGAAAUGAGAGCUCUAGAAAAAAAUGAGACAUGAGAACAGGUUGCUCUUCCUGAGGGGCACAAGAUGGUUGGAUGUAAAUAGGUUUUUACUGUCAAGUACAAAUCCGAUGGCUCGAUUGACAGAUACAAGGCGAGACUGGUAGCCAAAGGCUUUACUCAAACCUUUGGAUUUGAUUGCUCUGAGACAUUCUCUCUUGUGGCCAAACUCAAUACGAUCCGGGUGCUAUUAUCUGUUGCUGUUAAUAAAGAUUGGCCUUUGCACCAAUUGGAUGUGAAGAAUGUGUUUCUUAAUGGAGAACUCGAAGAAGAAGUCUAUAUGAGCCCUCCACCCGACUUCGAAAACCAGUUUAAGCAUCGGGUUUGUAGAUUGAAGAAGUCACUGUAUGGGUUGAAACAGUCUCCAAGAGCCUGGUUUGACAGAUUCACCACGUUUGUUAAAGCUUAGGGGUAUGAUCAGGGGCACUCAGACCACACGUUGUUUACAAAGAAGUCUAGUUCAGGAAAGAUCUCAGUACUUAUUGUGUAUAUAGAUGACAUUGUACUGACCGGUGAUGAUACUGAUGAAAUUACGAGACUUAAAACAAAGAUGGCUGAAGAAUUUUAAAUUAAGGAUCAGGGAAAAUUGCGGUACUUCCUUGGGAUGGAGGUGGCUCGGUCGAAGGAGGGUAUCUCUGUCUCACAACGAAAGUAUACUCUGGAUCUCCUCAAAGAAACAUGAAUGACUGGGUGUAAACCUGUAGACACCCCCAUGGAGUAUAAUGCCAACUAAGUAACGUUAACAAUGGAGCUCCUGUCAGUAAAGAGAGAUAUCAGUGAUUAGUCGGAAAGUUGAUAUAUUUAUCUCACACGAGACCUGAUAUAUCUUAUGUCGUGAGUGUGGACAGUCAGUUCAUGCAAGCUCCCUAUGAGGAACAUAUGACAGCCGUCGAACACAUUCUACGAUAUCUAAAGGGCACUCCUGGUAAAGGCCUUUUGUUCAGGAAAUCUAGUAAACGUGGCAUAAAAGCAUAUACUGAUUCGGACUGGGCUGGGUCUGCUGUUGAUAGAAAGUUUAUGUCUGGGUAUUGCACUUUUUUCUGGGGCAAUCGGGUCACUUGGAGAAGUAAAAAAUAGGGAGUGGUUGCCAGAAGUAGUGCAGAAGCAGAGUACAGGGCCAUGAGUUUGGGGAUAUGUGAAGAAAUCUAAUUGAAGUAUUGACAAAUCUUUGACAAGACAGUGAGCUUCCAAUGAAAUUGUUCUGUGACAAUAAAGUAGCAAUAAGUAUUGCCAACAAUCUGGUCCAGCACGAUAGGACCAAACACGUUGAGAUUGACAGACAUUUCAUCAAAGAAAGACUGGACAAUGGGAGCAUAUGUAUUCCCUACAUCCCUUCUAAUCAGCAGAUUGCAGAUGUCCUUACAAAGGGGUUGUUAAGACAGAGUUUUGAUUAUUGUAUCAGCAAGUUCAACUUGAGGGGGAGUGUCGAAAAGGGUUGGUUUGCCCUAGGGGCUUAUUUUUAAUUCUUUUAUGGGCCUAGGGCUUCCUGUCUGUCUAUUUAUUUGAGCAAGUCUUCUUGUACUUUUGUAUCACUUGAAUAAUAAAAAACUAGUCUAGAUCGUGUUUUUUCUCCCUGGCCUAGGGUUUUCCAUGUAAAUUAUUCGUGUGUUUCUAUUCUCCUUCCUCUUCUAUUUUCAUCAAUAAUGAUAAGAAAACAUGAAUGAAAGUAACUGCAUAUUUGCAGUUAAUUUAGAUUAAAAUUUAAUUGGAUCCUACUACGGCAUUUCCUAAUUCUUUCUUUCUAUUUCUGAAUAUCUCAUUUGUUUCCUUGUCCAAUCCAAAUGGUUUAUGCUUCAGAAUUUAUAAGUAAACUAUUAUGAAUUCAUUUAGCACCAUGUUUCUGAGUUGAUGAAUUCAAGAUUUGAUUGGAUCCUUGUCCUUUUAAUUGUCUAUCUAAUAUAAUUCUUCUGGUUAUUGCAAGCUUUUGUGGAUCGGACUAAUCUAUUGACUUUGA